AUGGCUCAGAGAGACCCUGAUGAGAGGCUUGUUUAUCUGGCUUGCCAGCACAUUUUUCGUGGCUCUAACUCCCAGGUCCGAAAGCGAAAGGAUGUGAUGAGCUUGCUCCAACAGAACAAACCUACCCUGACAGACAUCCUCCGGGAACAUAAUAUCGACCGCAUGUGUAAUGUUGCCAAGAGACUCCUUGAUGAUCAAGUUUUCCACUCGACAUUGAGAGCUAAGAUCCGGUUUCCCGAGUUAUUUGACGUGUCACCUGCUCAAAGCGCUGAGCGAGAGGCUUCAGAGGCGGAGGCGGCGAGAGAUGAGGCUAAGGCAGUGAGGGAAAUCUCUGAGAGGGAGACUUCAAGAGAAGUCACGAUUCAGUCCCAGGCGCGACCAGCCAACGAGGAAAGUUACGAAAUUGAUGCCCCUGAGACCGAAACCGGUGUCAAUAAUCCAAUCCCAUCUCUCUAUCCAGUCUACAUACAUUACCGAAGUCAACACCUCAUCACAACAGGCAUACAAAGAUUGGUGGAAGAAGCUUGUUUUGUCUACGCUCAAAGUCACUUCCCGCAGCUUUUGGCAAGAAAUGGCUGGGACUGCCCAGAGGCUGUGGAACUCACCGAGUGGACCAAGCUUCUACCCAGGUAUAUGGGUGAGAUGGCUACCACGAAAAAAAAAUGCGAAUUAUUUCACCUUCUUUGUGAAUUGAGACACUCUGCCGUCCACCGACUUCGAAAGACCGCUGGUGGUGUAGAGCGUCUGGCUCAAAACGCACAAGUUUUUCUUGAAGCUCUGGAUGACUCUAAUCGUUCGGAAAGGGUCUCCAUGCUUCGCAGAGAACUGAGUAUGGCGAUCGAAGAACUCAAGCGCAAAAAAGAUUUCCUUGAGGGAAGAUACCUUGGAGAACUGAAGGAAAUACAGGCCAAACGUGCGGCUUUGGACAUGUGGGAACAAAACGCGAAGAACGCUAUGAUUAACGGCGACUCACAAUGUCUGGACGACACCGAUAAAAUUCUUGCAAGAGCUGUCCAAUAUCUAAGUCCAGAUGAAGGGAAGGGGAAAAUGCCAAUCGAGUGCCCAGAGUUAUCAGAUUCGGAUGAAGAGUUUCUGGAGAGUGUGGUAGCCGUCAACAGUUCUGGCAGUCAGGCAUUACAAGUAGCCAGGAGCAGCGAGAGUCUCUAA